AUGGACAUGGAGGAGAUGAUUUGCUUUGACCGAAAGAGUGCUUGGAGCAUUCCUUUGGUGCUGUCGAAGCACAAUUUCCUGGAGGGCAUUUUCGGGGCCUUCCUGAUCAUCAUGAAUGCCACCAUGCAGGUCUUGUUCACAGUCAUCAUCAUGUCUCCAGACUUCUUGGGAGAUGGCCUUUCCGUGCAGGAUGCACGCACCUGGCGUCUCAGGUUCGCGCACGAUCUCGAUUUCGUGGGCCUGGACCAUAGGAAUUUGGCUUCGAUCGUGUGCGACGAGGACGGUGCCUUGAUUUUCUCAACAGCUCAAGUGACUCAGCUGGUGGAGAUCAACAACUACUUGGGACUUGAGAAGUUGUCCUUUCAGCUGCCCAAUUUCCAGUCUUUCGGCAUCCUUUGGAUCCUAUGGGGCCGGGCACGGGAAAUGUACAUGCCGUUUCUGCAGAUUUGA